AUGGAGAUGGUAACCGGGUUCGCAUUCGGACUAGUCCACGUUCUGACCCUCUUCUUCGUUCUGGCACAAUGUGGAGCUAAGAAAAAGCCGUAGGUUUUUGGUUUUUAUGAUCUCUAUUACAGUAUGUCAUAAGAAUUGGCAGGAAAUUUAAAAAAUUUGAAAAAGUUUUUUGUUUACAGUACUGGGACCAUUUUUGAGAGUCUAAGCACUAUCAGUUAGUUGAAUAGUUAAAAUUCUAGUAUGUUAGGCCUAUCGUUGCAAACUUGAGUACUAUUAAGAGGUUAAAAAAGUCUUGUCGUCAUUUUGUUAAGAUUUCACCUUGAAAAAACGACAAGACUUUAUUGCCAAACCAAUGUACCUAAAAUUCGCCAAAAUUACGAAAACUGAGCUUUUAACUGUCCUUAAAUUCAAAAUGUGUGUUUCAGUAAGGAGACUGCUCCAAAAUCCGUGGUUAAAUCAGCACCAGCCGCCGUUCCUCCUCCAGCACCAUCGACCGUCGAAAUAGCCGAAAAGAAAGACGAAGCCAAGGCUGAUGGUAAACCGGUAAGAUUAUUUUUUGUAUUUUAAAAUGGUUUUUUAUUUAGAAAAUGAAUUUUUUAGUUUUUUUUAUUUUAAAACGGCUUUAAAUGGUUUAAAAUUGAAAAAAUAUUGAAAAAUUUAAUUUUUUUUUGAAAAACUAAACAUACAGUUUUAAAAAGCAUCAAAACUUAUAUGUUAUUCUCAAUUUUUAGGUUUGUAUUGUACUGUAGGACAAAGUUAUGACGGUUGAAAAAAGUCAGAAAUCAAAAAAAGUUCGAUUCUGCUUGGAAACAUUAAGAUUUUUCGAACUUUAACCCACUUUAUUACCUUUUCAAUUGUAAUAUCUUUAAUUAUAUUACAAUUUUACUGCUUUGUAAAUUUUAAAAAUUUAAAUUUUAGGAAGAAAAGAAGGACGGAGAAAAGAAAGAUGAAGAAAAGAAGGAAGAAAAGAAAGAAGAAAAGAAGGAAAAGAAAGAAGAAAAGAAGGAGGAAGAGAAGAAAGAGGAAAAGAAGGAAGGUUCUAAGAAGGAAGAAAAGAAGGAGGAGGAAAAGAAGGUAUUAUUUUGAAGUUUUUUCAUAUUUUAAAAUUUUUUGAAAAUGACUUUUUGGGCUGGCAGUUUUUUAAAAACGUUGUAGUGCCAAAAAUAGGUAUAGGUAAGACUUGAAACUUUCUACAAUUAGAUUGUAGCCCACAAGGAAAGUUUUUGUUUUUACAAAUUUUUGGGUAGGAUUACUGUAACAUGGGGAAUUUGAAAAUUCUAUUUGAAAAACCGGUUUUUUACUAAAAAAUUGAAAUUUUUGACCUAGUUUCAAUUUUUUAAAUUUUUUUUUGUAUAUUCAGAAACUACAUGAAAUUUUACAUCUAGUAAGGUUCAUAGUAAACAGGUACGGCACGCUGUUUGAGUUUUUUUUUGAGUUUUUGUUUUGCGACACCAUUUUGAAAAUCCACGCGGGUUCGAAUCCGCUUGGAUGCAAAUGGCUUUUUAGGCCUGAAAUUGGUGUUUUAAGGGGUGAAAAGAAGAGAAAUUGUUUAUAUAUGAUAAUUAGGGGCUUUGUUGGUUUAAUGUAGUAUUUGAAAAAUAUUUUUUUGAAGAAAAUUUUGACUUUUUUUUACUAAAAUGUCACUUUUUUGACCCAAAUUCGACGUUUUUCUGGCUAAAAUUUUAUUUUUUUUGUAAAAUACGACUAUUUCUUUUUAACUUUUUUGACUUUCAGGAAGAAGAAAAGAAGGAAUCUAAGAAGGAGACCUCGAAGAAGUCGAAGAAAGAAACUUCAAAGAAGGAAGGCUCGAAGACGGAGGGAUCCAAGAAGGAGGGUUCUAAGAAGGAAGGGUCAAAGAAGGAAUCCAAGGCUGAUGCUCCAGACGAAAAGAAGGAGGAGUCUAAGGAGGUAGGUUCUUUCGGAGUUUUUUAGAGGCCAAAAAGGAAAUGGCAAGAAAUUUCUUUACAAAACAAAAAAUGGCAAGAACUUUCAUUACAAAACAAAAAACGGCAAGAAAUUUCUUUACAAAACAAAAAACGGCGAGAACUUUCUUUACAAUACAAUAAAUGUCAAGAACUUUCUUUAUGAAACAAAAAAUAGCAAGAAUUUUGUUUACAACACAAAAAAUGCCAAAAAUUUUCUUCACCCGCAGACUGCAAAACUUUUUUUUUGCUAUUUGGCUUUACGUGGCAAUAACUUUCUUUACAAAACAAAAAAUGUUAGUGUUUAACUAUAAGUAAAUUUUUUUUUUAAUUUUUAAAAUUUAAUUUUUUAAAUUCCAGGAGGAUAAGAAAGAGUGA